AUGGUCAUCAACGGCCGCCAAAACAACCCUAUCAUCACCAUGAGUCGUCAAAUCUACCACGAUGUCCACAUCCUCGGAAGCGAAUGCGACCUUUUUGUCAAAUCCGAAUCGAUUGCUCGUGGACCAGACUUGAGAAUGGAGCAUCAUUUCAACACGAUUUUCGAUAUUUUAUCCGACUGGAGAUUAGACAAGAAAAAGGACAUUCCACUCAUCGACGCUCACAAAGAAUACGUCAGCCAAAGCGCGGAAAGAUUCUCAAAAACAGAAAUGAAACAGCUCGACUUCCACAUCAACAACUUGGAAUACGAGCCUUUCUAG